AUGUCUGAACGCGGGUUACUUCACUACUCAAUAUCACCAAUGGAUUCAUCAUUAUUGUGUGAAACUUCAACUGCGGAUCCAAAUUCAACCUAUGAUGACCUACCGAUGCCGUAUAGAAUGUUAGACAAGAUGUUACAAGAAAUAUUUGACGAUAUAUGGGCUACAAUCGAGUCAAGGGAACACCAUAAGAAUAAAGCAUUCAGUUUGAAACAGUCGAAACGACAAGAAUUAGACGAAAGUUUAAAUAGCAUAGAAGGUGUUCAUUUAUAUUCUGUUGUUGGAGAGUAUUUGUUUAAAAUUUAUGAAAAUCAAAUUAGUGUUUACAAUGUUGACAGUUUGCAGUUCAUAUCAGAAUGGAUGUAUACAAAUGAAUUUAGCGGUUACAGUUCAAUUCGUACAUUUAAAACAAUUGAAUUAAGCAAGAAUAUUAUAUUUCAGGUAUUGAUUGAUGAUUCAGGACAGACUACUAUGCUGAUGUUUGUUGAAGGCCUAUUCAUACUUGUUAAGCCAAUCACUUCAUCGUCAAUAUCAUCCUCGGUGGAAAGUCAACCGUAUCAUGCAUUGAAUGGUAAAAUUUCACCAUGUGGACAAUUCUACGUAUCAUUAAAUGAAGAUUCUGUUAAUUCUAAAGUUUGGUUAGAAGUCUAUCGAUUACCAGUUGAUAUUUGGAUGAAAGAAGUUUCACCUAUCAUUCAAGAAUUUCAGAAUGCAAGAACAUCUACUCUUGAUGAUGAAGUCGGUUCGAUAAAGGAAAUGGCGGUUAAUUUAAAUGAACGCAAAGUUUAUUAUGAAAGUCAUUUACAAGUUAGUUCACCUAUACUAGCCGGUAGAAUUAGAUAUCCAAAUUUACCGUCAGGUCCAGCUUGCAAAUCGAUAGCAGUUGCACUGAAACAAGUUAAUGAAAAGACUGGUCUUCUUAACUAUUCAAAUUUCUCUACUCAUUUAUACACUGAUGCAAUUUCUGAAGCAAGCUCAAGUAGUCGAAAUAGAAGAAGAACCGCUAAUGUGAUUACUACUCAAGGAGUUGUGAAUAGUUUUGAACUUGUCAAACUGGUAAACGAGCCUCCAACAGAAACUAAUUCACCUGUCCAAACGAAACGUCAACCUCGAAAUGCAAAGUCGUCUAAACGGAAACCGGCUGGUAAAGACAAUUCUGCUACAACAGUACAACAAUCCACAGGAGGUGGCACUGGAGGUGGUCGUAAGAAAAAAGGCGAUAAGAAUCAGUCUACAAGUGAAAUAGUUGAACCUGCGGUAAAUAAAGAAAGUGAUAGUAGCAAUAAUAAUAAUAAUAACAAUGAAAAUAAUAAUAUUAAUAAGAAACAUGAAAAUGAACAAGCUAUUGAAACAGUUAUAAAGACGUUGACUUCAGAGGAGACAGAACAAAUCGAUGAAGAUGUCAAUAGAACUCAACAGUUUGAAGAGAUAAGAAAACAGUUAGUCAAUGAAUUAAAUGAAACAAAGCCUAAAAGUUAUCCUUAUUUCGAAUUCUUACCAGUUAAUUUGAAUACAGACAGUAGAAAUCAGGAAACCUCUUUGUCAUCAAAAAAUGUCGCAUCUUCCAGUUCUGUUUGUGUUUACUGGUCUGGAUCAUGUCAACUAUUCUUCUAUUUUUUGGAUAAAUUCACAAAAGCUGGUGAAGGUGUACCAGAAGAGGUUGCCUAUUUUGGUUCAUGUAUUACGCAUAUUUCUGUUAAACCAUUCAUUAUGAAUUCUGUUAACACAGGAAGCAGCAGAGACCAACCAUCAAAUAGGGCAAAUUUAAUCAGCCCUGAAAAUUAUUAUCUAUUGGUUGGUCUUCAAUCUGGAAUAGUUGUCAUCAAGCAGCUACAAUCAAACCGAUAUUUACCAAUUGCUCAAACAAGUUUGAGACCAAUAAUAGACGUUGGUUUGAAGAGUGACAUUAAUUCAAUUAAUCUGAUUACCGCAUGCUGUUUGAAGAAAAAAGGAGGCAUGCCUUCUGAAAUGGAGGAGAGUUUGAAGAUGUAUAACAAGUACACAUUUGAUAUUUACAAUUUAGAAAAAAGUCAAUUUGAUUGGAAAAGAUCUAAUGUUAUGAGACUGAAUAAUUUUCGUUAUCGAGCAAUCACUGUACUGAACACGGAUGACAACUUCACGAUUUUUGUCUGUCUUAUGUCAACAAACGAUUUGUUGAUCUUUCCACUGAACUCUACUCUCCAUGAUAAUCAAGAGGAUAAACUUAAUCAGCCAUUAAUGAAUAUAUCAAUGAAAAUCAACCGGUUCAUCAGGCAGAUACGAGUACAAACCCUGCCUAAUCCAUAUGAAAUUAAUUUGAACACCGGGACUGUUAGUUUAUUUCCAGAGGUGAAUGAAAAAUGGAUUGAUAAUGCGGAAUUAUUUAACCAAUUGUGGUUAACUUCGGUACGACGAAUAUCAGAUAGAGACAUUAAUGACGAUGACUUAGCCACUGGUCGAUUGAUGAAUGACGAAGGAGAGAAGGACAUGUCGAAUGUAUAUCAUCUAUGGAUUAGAGGAACGAAAAUGGAUGAAGAUAAAAUUCAGACUAAGCUGUUCCGAACUACUUUAAACUUUCCACGAAGCGAAUCUCUGGAUCAUCCAUUUGAGAUGAAUAUUGAAGAAGCGAAUGAAGAUCUUUACAGCCAACCAAUACAAAUACAUUCCAAUAAAUUACUGCAAUGCAGAAAUUGUAAUAAAGAUGCAAGAAGACAAAGAUUUCAAAGAAUUUGGGAAAAUUUGAUAUCUGAAAGUGUUUACUAA